CUCGCGCGGAGGGAGGGGAGGAGGGUUGGUGGGUUGUCUCUCUUUUUUUAGUCCUUCGCCGUGGGUGCCGUCCUCCUGCGGCCGGAGUCAGUCAGUCAGCCAGCCAGCCAGCCAGCUCGGAGAUACAGACACCCCGAGAGAGACGCUGCCCUGGGGGUAACGGCUCAGGCCGGAGGCGGGCACCAUGGGGACCGAGUGAGCGGGAUUUCUCCACGUCAAGAGGAGGAGAGGAGAAAAAUUAUCAAGAUAGAAAAAAGAGAGAAGGAAGUCCGCGGGGGCCGGCGUCAGGAAAUGUCCGGGAAGCUGGAGAAACAAGAUUCCCAACGCUCCCACCUGACCUCGUUCACCAUGAAGUUGAUGGACAAAUUUCACUCACCGAAAAUAAAACGAACUCCAUCAAAAAAAGGAAAACCAUUGGAGAUAACUAUCAAAGCUAACUCAGAAAAACCUCCAAACAAGACUUUAAACCGGCUGGAAGAGCAGGAAAAGGAAGUGGUGAGUGCACUGCGGUAUUUCAAAACCAUUGUGGAUAAAAUGGUGAUUGACAAAAAGGUGCUAGAGAUGUUGCCAGGGUCAGCCAGUAAAGUCCUCGAGGCCAUCUUGCCGUUAGUACAAGUGGAUCCACGCAUUCAACAAAGCUCAGCCAUUACAUCCUGUUUAAACCAGGUAUACCAGAGCCUGGCCAAUCUAAUUCGCUGGUCUGAUCAAGUGAUCUUAAAAGGUGUGAAUUUAGAGGACAAGGAAAGGGUCAUGGCAAUGAUUAAAGCAGUGCUUGACGGAAUAAAGGAGCUUGUGAAACUGACAAUAGAGAAGCAAGAACAGCCAUCCCCUACCUCGCCUGUGAAACCCAGCCCACCAACGUCUAAAACUGACAGUGCAACAGAGCUUCCACUGACUGACAGGGAGAAGGAAAUUCUUACUAAAACUACUCCAAUGACAAGGUCACUGGAAAUAAUUCCAGACUCUGUGGAUGGAGAAUGUGCCCCACCAAAACCACCACUGCCUGGUAUUCGCAUUAUGGACCACAGUAGUGUUCCACCUCUACCACCCAAGAAGAGGACAUCUGCACCCUCCCCAACAAGAGUGGCAGUAGUAUCUCCCAUAAGUCGAGCUGCCAGUGGUUCUAGCUUACCCAAUACCAAACAGGACUUUGAUGGAUUGGAUUGCUAUCUGCAAAGGCGGCUAUCCGGCGGCAGCCACUCAUAUAGUGGAGAAUCACCAAGGGUAUCUCCUUGUAACAGCAUGGGAAAACUAAGCAAAUCUGAUGAACAGCUAUCAUCGUUAGACAAUGAUAGUGGGCAGUGUUCGCAGAAUACAAGUUGUGAAACACUUGAUAAUCCAGAAAGCUAUGAUCCUGAUUAUGAUUUCCUGCAUCAGGACCUUUCAACUGUUGAUCAGAUUCCCCUGCAACUUUCUGGCACACUAAGCCCACUUCCCGAAUCAGCAGUAGAAUCCAGUUCACCUCUUCCUGGGCAGACAUUUACUUCACCACUUUGUACUUCACAAACAGUGCCAGCUUGGAGGCAGAUACCACAAACUGAUGUUCAAGCUUUGCAGAUGCCACCAGCGUUGCCAGAAAAGAAGCGUCGGAGUGCUACCUCAUCAGAUAGUUCUGGAUAUAGAGUCUCGUAUGAGCGGUUUCCAUCACAAUAUGAUAAUAUCUCUGAGGAGGAAAUGCAGAAUUCUGCUGUACCAGCAAUUCAGCAUCCUCCUUUUGCUGUAGUGUCACCAAGGCCACAAGGGAUGUUAUCAAUUUCAGUGGGAUUUCCAAACAUUGAUGUUUCAGAAUCAGCAGGAGUACCAGAGAAGCCACCUCCACUCCCAGAGAAGAAGAAAAGGAAUAUUCACGCGUAUAUGCAGUUUGUGGAGGAUUAUUCUGAGCCGCAGCCUCAUGUUUUUUACCAGACACCACAGAAUGAGCAUAUUUAUGAACAGAGGAACAAACGAUUUCAGGAAGUCUAUGGAUUCAAUGACUCUUUCAGCAGCACUGAUUCAUCUCUUGAGAUUCUGCCUCCUCCAGUUCUCCCACCCAAGCAAAGGCAACUGCAGGCAUCCUAUUCUGCUGCUUCCUAUUCCUCUUCCUUCUCUUCUUCCUCAUUCUACCUUCAGCAGUCGAAGGUGCUUGUUGUACCUGAAGGCGCCAGUACUGCUACCAGUAUCAGCAUGUCCGUCUCCAAUUCCUUCCUGAGUCGUCACAACUCCUUAUCCUCAUCUUCGUUCAAGUCGGUUUUUAGGUCCUAUUCGCAGGACUUUGUUCCUCACCAUCACACCUCUGCAUCUCCUUCUCUCUGCACUAUCACCUCCCACUUUCCAGCUGUACACCAAUCGAGGAGCUCUGAUCUAACUUUACCGGGCUCGACUGGCAUAUUGAAAGCUGCGGAACUGCUGGAAUGCUCUCAUGACAAUGCAAAGCCUGUUCCUGUCUGCCUCCCUCCUGAAUCUGCUUUUCCCACUUCUCUCCAAACUUCCUCGAGCGAGAGCAAUAGUGAUGAUGCUGGUGAGGGUGAAUACGUGAAUCUGUAUUCGUCCAACCACACCAAUGGAGACCUCUCUCACCCAGAAGCAGAAAUACCGAUGUGUGCCGAUGCUGAUUCUGUAGGGUCUCUGAGUGAACAAGAGAUUCUUCAUCAUAACUGUCCAAAAUCAGCUAACGAAAAGGAAAACCAAAAUCAAGACAGAGAUGACAGACGAGGAGAAACUCCAAAUUCACCAGAUUUGGAUCAAAGUGAUGUAGCAGAUGAAUUAUCACUCAUUGAUCAUGAAGAGAUUGUUGCUAGGUUAACGCUGAAACAGGAGGGAGAGGAUGGCCCUGAGGUGCGAGGAGGCUCUGUAGAUAUUCUCAUAGUUCAUGCGACUGAAACAGAUCGUAAAGAUCUCGUCCUUUACUGUGAAGCAUUCCUAACUACUUAUCGGACAUUUAUUCCACCGGAGGAAAUCAUCAAGAAACUGCAUUAUCGAUAUGAGAAGUUUUGCCACUGUCCAGACACAUUCAAAAAACGAGUGAGCAAGAAUACAUUCUUUUUAUUGGUGCGUGUGGUAGAUGAACUCUGUUUGGUGGAGCUAUCGGAUGACAUCCUGAAGUUGUUGAUGGAACUUGUGUUCCGUUUAGUGUGUAGUGGUGAGCUGAGCCUGGCACGAGUUUUGCGAAAAAAUAUUCUGGAUAAAGUAGAUCAGAAGAAAACUGUGAAAUACGCAAGUUUGAUGAAGCCAUUGGCUGCACGAGGGGUGGCAGCUAGGCCUGGAACGCUUCAUGACUUUCACAGUCAUGAGAUUGCUGAGCAGUUGACGCUGUUGGAUGCUGAAUUGUUCUACAAAAUAGAGAUUCCUGAGGUUUUACUCUGGGCCAAAGAACAGAAUGAAGAGAAGAGUCCAAACCUAACAGAGUUUACAGAGCACUUCAACAACAUGUCUUAUUGGGUGCGGUCAAUAAUUAUUCAACAGGAGAAAGCACAAGAUCGGGAACGGCUACUCCUAAAGUUCAUCAAAAUUAUGAAGCACUUACGCAAACUGAAUAAUUUUAAUUCAUACCUGGCUAUAUUGUCUGCAUUAGACUCAGCACCCAUCCGUAGGUUGGAAUGGCAGAAGCAGACUUCAGAGGGUCUGGCUGAGUACUGUACACUCAUUGAUAGUUCGUCUUCAUUUCGAGCAUAUCGAGCUGCUUUGGCAGAAGUGGAACCACCCUGUAUACCUUAUCUGGGCCUCAUUCUACAGGACUUGACCUUUGUACACCUUGGCAACCCAGAUCUAAUUGAUGGAAAAAUCAACUUUUCUAAACGGUGGCAACAGUUUAAUAUCUUGGAUAGUAUGCGAUGCUUCCAGCAAGUUCAUUAUGAACUAAAGCGCAUUGAUGAUAUUGUUAUAUUCUUCAAUGACUUCAGUGACCACCUCGCAGAGGAAGCACUGUGGGAACUGUCAUUAAAAAUCAAACCACGCAACAUUCAGCGACGGAAAACAGAGCGUGAAGAGAAAACUUAGAUUUCAACGGUGAAAACUAAACCUUAGAUGGCAGCUAAUGAACCCCACUAAAUUACUUUAUUUACCUGAGCUGCAGAAGUCAGUUCAUGCUUCACCUUCAGAGAUUUGUUUUAAACCAGAUUUAGAACAGGUGGCAAUACUCUUGGGAAAUGUCCCAGAUUUUAUGCCAUUGCCUGCAUUCAAUUUCCUUUCCUACCACCCGUGCCAAGCUGGUUUUGAGUGUCCUAUGGUGGACCCAUCCAUACAGCUCACUUUUUAAUUGGCCAAAUGUGGUCUGCAUCUAGACUCUGCUUUAGAGACUGUUUGACAUUGUUAGGUACGAAGGUACGAUGGUUCACUUACUGGUUGUGGACUUCUGUUUAUAGAGUAACAGCUAGUGGUACUAACAAUUGCACAGGAAACCUUAAAAUAUUAUUUUGUACUGUAGGAGAAAGACUGGCUCACUGUAAAUACCAGAAUGCUAAGUUGAUGUGCUGUGUUGGGUUUUUUUUGCAUGAGUAAUGCUGGAUGCCAGUAAUGGAUGAUUUGAUGGAAAAAAAUAAACCAAUUGUACAUAGAGACUGGAAGAAGUGUUUUAGCCAGGCUGGUACUGAAAGGACUGGGAUUGCUCUUAACCAUUGUUCAACAUCCUCACUUAACAGACUUUUGUAAGGUGUUAACAUAUGUGGUUGUAUAUUUUGUGCAUGGACUAUGCGCUGUGGAAUUUUAAAAUGUUAAGCAGAAUUUGUUUUUGAAAGGACUGUCUUUUUUUGUUUACUGUUGAUAAUUAAGCUGCAGUCAAUCAUUUUUCAGUAAUGGGAGAAUAUUCUGAAGUUGAAACUGGAGGUUUCUGUACAUAGCUGACAAAUUAACUUUGCGAAGCAAUGGGUUGCCUGCUGAGUUUGACAGUUCAACUCAUCAAGUAGUCAGUGAAUUCACCUGUGUAUGCCAGGUCUUCAUAUUAACUUGUGACUGAUAGAUGCUGCUGGGUAGAGUGGUGCCCUUGCUGCUUUAGGUUUUUAGGACACAUUCAGGUUAUUAAUCUUAUCUAAGUCUGCACACCUAAAAAGGGAAUCUGAUACUGUUUUUGAUAAGUUGGCAAUGAUUAUUUGUUUGACCUGAAAUCCCUGCCUGUACUUGGGUGAAUGUAAAGUGACCCUAACAUAAGAGAUAACACAUUCUUUCAGAUAAUGUGCUGAUGUUCAUAAUGAUUAUUUUCCGUGUAAUCUAAAUUAUUCAAUUAGUUUAAGAAGUCAGCAGUGUUUGUUUUAACUCUUUCACCAGCGUAGGCUUAAAAUAGUGAGAAAACACUUUAUAGUUGUUCAAGAUGUGUGUGGAUGCCCUGAAAUGUAUUAAUGUCAAAUGUUAACAUUCUUGGUUUUCUCAGAAGGAGGUGUUUUACUGCAGACUCUCAAUUAAGUUUCAGCACUUUUCAUCGCUGUCCCUAUUCUCCAGCAGAUGGCUCAGUUUCCAGGAUAGAACAAACCAAGAGCAUAUUUGAUGAAUGAAUUAAGCAAGUGAUGCAUACAAGAAUCGGUUUAAAUAGUCCUACAAUAUCCAGUUUUAGUUUCAACUUUCUUCUCAUCCUGGUGCAUUGUUUGAGAAAUUUCAAAUGUAGUAUAAUGUAGUCAAGUUAUGAAUAUUGAAUUUAGCAUAGGAAGAACUCUUGUAACAUGAAUAGGAAGGGUUUGAAGGGAUAUGGGCCGGGUGCUGGCAGGUGGGACUAGAUUGGGUUGGGAUAUCUAGUCGGCAUGGACAGGUUGGACUGAAGGGUCUGUUUCCAUGCUGUACAUCUCUAUGAACACUGGCCUGGUAAAGUGGUUAAAUCCAGUCUCUCAACUUCAUAUUCUUAAGUUCUGAUCUCCUUUUUGUUGUGCUGCCAAUUUUAACUUCAGAUGCAUGCAGGACUUGUGAUACCUGGUAGUAGACAUGGAGUAAUGGUUUGAUUUGUACGCACA